AAAUUCGCACGACGAACCCGCGGGGGACCCGAGCACUUCUAGCAAGUUGCUGCUGCGACUCGGCUGGCUUAGUGGUAAAGAGUGUGCCGUUGCUUGGAACGUAUACCCGAGCUCUGGUUCCGCGUCGCUCUCGCGGGAAGUGAUCGUAAUUGUGCGCGGAAGUGGAUGGAAUGUCUAAGUGAGAGCCACCACGGAUCAUAGAAUGGCACUGUCUUAUCUGCAAGAGGCGCAACUGAACGCAGGACUCUUAACCGGCCAGCACCUAGACAUGAAGCAAGAAUCCGAGAAACAAUCGCUGUCCCCGCCACUGAACAACAACACGUCGCAAGUGAUGUUCCCCGGAAUGGGUGCCUCCGCGGCCGGUUUGUCGAUGCUCACCCCGCAGCAGCUACUAGCAGCGAGCCGGACGGCAGCGCUGAUGGCCGCGGGGAUUCCCGUCUCGUUGCACGCGACGCUGGCCGGCAGCCCGUCCCUCUACAGACACCAUCAAACGCUGUUCAGCGGUUGGGUGCCGCCCGCAGCUUCCUCGCCCCCGUUGCCGAUCCAUCACUCGUCGAGGCCGGUGUCGCCGGCGCUGAGCACCAAGUCGUCCUCUCGGAGAACCGCCAGCAACGCCGCUAACAACAACAACAACAACAACAAUAACAACGUGGUGAGCAGCAGCGGCGACAAGAUGAUGAAGAAGGGCCAGACCGCCAAGAAGAAGACCGCCAAGUCGAAGAACGACGCUGUGCAAACUCCGAUCGAAGGGUCAGCGGCGCCACUUAGCCCACCCAUAUCCGUCAGCCCGGAGGCUGGCAAAGAUGGGAGGGACAAGGUGUUCACCUGUGGCGUCUGCUCGAGAUCGUUCGGCUACAAACACGUGCUGCAGAACCACGAGCGCACGCACACCGGCGAGAAACCGUUCGAGUGCCCCGAGUGUCAUAAAAGAUUCACGCGCGACCACCACCUGAAAACCCACAUGCGGCUGCACACGGGCGAGAAGCCUUAUCACUGCAGCCACUGCGACCGGCAGUUCGUGCAGGUAGCGAACCUGCGCCGGCACUUGCGCGUGCACACCGGCGAGCGUCCGUACGCGUGCGAGCUGUGUUCCGCGAAGUUCAGCGACUCGAAUCAGCUGAAGGCUCAUCUGUUGAUCCACAAGGGGGAGAAGCCGUUCGAGUGCGAGCACUGUCAGAUGCGGUUCAGGAGGAGGCACCACCUGAUGCAUCACAAGUGCGGCACGGUCACCGGGAUGAUGAUGUCGUCGCGGUCCUCGCAGGUAGCGUCCCCGUCGUUGGCCAGCGACGAUCUGGACGAGGAGAUGGACAUCGACAUCGACGCGGACAUGGAGGAGAUCGAGUCGACGACGCAGUUGGCGUCCGCCAGGAAAUCGAUCAGCUCGGUCAGGCAGUCGGUUCACCGGCAGCUGCCCAGCCCAGUGGUUAGCACCUCGAUGCCCAUGCCGCUGAACCUGUCGGGGAUACCGAUGGUGGGUCUGCCGGAGCAAACGGAGCCGGAGGACCUGUCCAUGUCCACCGGGAUGCACAGGCCCCACUCGCACUCUCACAGCAGCGGCGACUCGCCCAUGAGCCGCAGCCCCAGCAGCGACACCAUUCACGAGGAGGACGACGAGGACCUGGACAUGUCCGAAGCUAGCCCCAGCAGCCUCUUCCUCCACAAUCACCGCGCCGCCGGCCAGUACGCUCACAAUCUGGCCGCGUCCCUCGGUAACCCGGCAGCCAACGUCGGCCACGCGUCCUAGUGGAAUCUCUAGGGGUACGUAAACUUUACAACUUGGUAGCAAGACAAGUGGAGCAGAGCGAAACUCGUAUACACAGUACCGCAUCAUCACACCAGACCAUCCUACUGGUUAACCUUCACAGGCGUCUACCCCGCGAAGACUAACGAGACGUCCCUCGUAUCGGGCAGGUUAACCCUUCGCGAAUCACGAUGCGUUCCGACCCUUCGGAGAAGACACUCGAGUUCCCGUUCGUUUCUUUGAAAUUCCUUCAAAUUCGCUACUUCUUAUCGUUGCCGUGUGCAUAUUCCGCUGGAUUCGAGGGGAACGAACGUUACGAGCAACGCACCGUGCAUAGUUCGUUGAUCGUUUUGGUUUUCCGGUAGUUGUCCGACAGUUAGAGAAUAAAAAUGAUAAAGGAAAAUGGAACAAAGGCGAUGGGAGUGCUAUUCCCGAAGGGUUGAACUAUUCGAAAUCUGCGAAAGAAGCGUUACCAUCAAACUACUAUCUUCUUUGCAAGUUUCAUUCGACCUCGAGAGGUUAACGAAACUCGCCUGUGUUUCGAUGGGAUCGCGUCGUUUGUGUUUAAGGGUAGCUUCCGUCACCUCGCAGAUACAUACGAAAAACUAACCUCACCUAGCAAAAUCCUCCGAGCACCGGUUCACAGUCACUAUUGUUAAGAUGCUUUUUAUAGAUAUAUAUAUAUAUAUAUGUAUGUAUAAAUAUAAAUAUACAUACAUAUAUAUUAUAUAUAGAGAUUAUUAUUAUUAAUAUUAUUAUUAUUAUUAUUAUUAUUAAUAUUAUUAUUGUACCUAUGAGAAAACAAACAGAAUGAGGAUGAAAGGAUUGAUGAGUGAUAAUGGGUCCGUGAAUGUCCUGUAUAAUGUGUAAUU